GGGGUAUCCUAUCCCUCUCCAUCAGUGACUGACCCUACGCUCACGGCAGAAGCACUGGAUCAGACCAUUGCUGCAUUCGACACGGUGGAGGAUCUGCUCAAACACUUUAACCCAGACUCCUGGCAAGAAGAUCUCGAGAAUUUGUACACAGACAGUGGCCACCAUUACCGAGGCAGGAGCUACCAUGACAGGAAGUCCAAAGUUGACCUGGACAGGUUGAAUGAUGAUGUGAAACGUUACAGCUGCACUCCAAGAAACUACUCUGUCAAUUUAAGGGAGGAACUGAAGCUGACAAAUGCAGUUUUCUUCCCCCGCUGCCUCCUUGUCCAGCGCUGUGGAGGAAACUGUGGCUGCGGGACUUCGAACUGGAAAUCCUGCAUGUGCAUGUCAGGGAAAACAGUGAAAAAAUAUCAUGAG